AUGUUGUGCGAAAAAAAUUUAAAACCUCGAGUUUUAAAAACAAUUAAAAAUUAUUCCAAUGAUCAGAAGACUAAAACAAAUCACGACAAAGUACCAGCUACUGUUGCUGAUCAUUAUUAUAAUUAUUUAAUAUCCGUUGUCUUGUCUGGGUUUAAAGACAUACCUGUUAAUCUUUAUCGUGCCAUUGUCGAGGAUACUGAUUAUUACAAAGUUCUCCAGCUGCCUGUUCAUGAGCUUAUCGACCAGGAAUUUAUCGCGGCCUUUGUCAAAAAAGGUGAACUGACAUUAAUAUCUGCCGACCAAAACUUGACAGCCGACAAUAGCAUCUGCAUAACUCCAACAGGAUACCUAGUGCUUUCACUCCUCGCAUCAGAUUACCAAGAACUAGGUCUAGAAGGUUCGCCUUCAUUUUUCUCUCGGCAGCGCAACCGCUUCAUGCCUGUUUUACAAGAGCUUGCACUGGUUUCCAUUGGCAAAUACAUAGCCCUCAUAGGUAGUAAGAUGAUAGGCCCGGUGUGCGAGAUUUCCCAAAAGAACCCAGCUCGCGCAGUCAAGCUUCUUCGCUCCCUAGUCCAGACUCUGAAACACAACUUGAGCUCAAAUGUGCCCUGGCAUUUGUACACUCCGAUGUCUACCAAGAUUCUCCAGUCAAUAAUGGUCCUGCUGAACGAGACCAAGAACACGUACAACGACUACCAGCCAAUGAACCUUUUCCUCUCGGAGAUUAAUGUGAUAGUGUCGCUGAUUGAGGUGGUGAUGCACCCAAAUCUCAGAGCGAUUGAGUUUACAAGAUGGCCUAAGAUAAUGAGACACAUGCUCUACAGUAACUUACACAAUUUACGUGGCCUAGAAGUUUUGGACCUCGGGUCUGGUUCAGCUGGAUGGAGGACCUCUGAUAUUGAAAAGUUGAUUAUUAAUGGCGUCAGUGCGAUGCCUAAUUUGACUGCUCUGACGCUUUGCUUUGAUUGCACUGAUAAUAUUAUCACGGCUUUGGGGAAUAAUUGCCAAAAAUUGAGGUGUCUUGAUGUCACUUCCUCUAGGUCCGUAACAGAUCGCAGUAUUCCUGCCCUUCUCAAGUGCCACCAACUGAGAGACAUAAAACUAUUCCGUACGUCAAUUACAGUGACAGGAUACGCAGAUCUUCUGCUAGGACUCCGCUGGCUGGAGAAUAUCGGGAGGUGUGACGACAUCGGCGACAUAUUAGAGAUAAUUUACGAACGGGAGAGCAAUAACAAGUGCUUAUACUUAAAAUCCUUCGAGAGCCGUAGUAUGAUAACGGGUUAUUUGUAUUUACUAAUCACAGUCUGUCCAUUUAUAACAAGUUUGUCAAUAAUGUGCAACGACGAGAUGGAUAAUUUGUCAAUUCUGUCGGUACUAGAGUGCCUGACGGAGCUUAAAUUAAUGUCCUGCAAUUUUUAUGCCGACGGAGUCGGCGUUUUACUGGAAAUGACCCAGUCAAGGAUCGAGAGUCUCCACCUGGAGCAUGUAGACGAGAUUGACAGAACAGCUCUGGUCUGCAUCAGCCAGUACUGCCCCAGGUUGAAAAGCUUGACGUUCUACAACUGCGAUUUCAUUGAUCCGGUGAUCAACGCCGGGAUUAGAUACGAUAAUUUGAAAGUCAGGCCUUUCAAGUGUCUCGAGAGGAUCAAGUGCGUAGCAGACUGCGCAAAGUCUCACCUGGAAUUCUUGCUGUCUCAUUGCACGGACAUCAAGUUCAUCCAGUUGGGAUCUUCGACGGGAAUCGACGACACCGCGAUGAAAAAAGUUUUUGCGCUUAACAGAAUGAGCAAACUGGAAGAACUGAAGAUUCUGUACAGCAGCGAUUUGUCGAUGAGAACUGUCAGGCUGCUGAUGAAGAAUUGUGAUAAUUUAAGAAGACUGUCCGAGCUGGAGAGCUGGCAUGGGAUUACGGAAGAGGAGCUGGUUAAUUUUAGAAAUGAACUUAAAAUUCAAAAUGUUAAUUGUGAUACAAUUGUCAAAAUAAAUUUAAAGGAAGAAUCAUUCGUGGCAGGAAAAAAAAAGUACGAGCGUGUUAAAAAAUGUUUGGAGAAUAAUUUUAAACACAAGUUUGAUGUUAUUGUGUCGUGGGACCCUCCAGAAGAAAAAGUAUGUCCAUCAUCCGUAGCAUCGUGGUUCAACAAUCGGGGUCACAAGACGUUUGUUUGCCAUCAAAAAUCCAGUAAAAAAUUUAAUUCGUCAAUAGAUCCACCAGAUGGCGACUCGGAAAAUUUAUUCUCGUGGAUGGAUAAUCUUCCAAAUUCAAUAAAUAAUGAAGGUGAAUCGGAUAUUAAAAAAGAUAUUUUAUACAUUGAGUACCGUGGAUUUUUUACAAGGUCAAGAGUAAUUAAAAUCUUAAACACCAUGAAUGAAUUAUUGAACUCAUCAAAAAACACUGGGUAUGAGUUCUGGGGAUUACAUGUCCGAGGUUUUGACAACAGCCCUGUAAGUUGGGGACUGAAAGAGCAUGCAGUGAUUAACAAUGACGGUACUAACAAUUACUCUGUAAUUUUAAAACACAGUGAGAUUAUAAUACAGAAAUGUCUGAGCUCAAGUAGUCGGCCGAAAAAUAAAUAA